CACUCCCGUCUGAAAAGAAUACGAGUCGGCGAGCUUUUGAGGGCUGAAUAUGCCGAUAUGUUUCCGAUUUCGACCUUUGAAACUACCAAGUCGACAUACUGCCCACUGUUUGCUGAAGCUGGCCUAAGUAAAUAUGGGGCAUCAUGUGCUGGCAAUGACGAAAGUGAAAAGCAUCAGCUCCUGUCGUGUAGUGCGAUGAUGGAGUUGUGCUCAAUGCGUCACUUGAUCUCUAUUCGGCGGUCCAUGAAUAUAAAAGGGCGCGUGUAAAGGCCGUUUGGAGAUAGGCAUCAGCGUCGUUUUGUCAAACCACUUCAUAAACACCAAAUAAUGGCAUAUCCACCUUCGAUCCCCGCGCCGUCAACAUUCAUUUCUUUCCUGAGGUGUCUCCAAUACCAUUCCAAGCCGAUCACCUCAUUCCGGUCCACCUUGUCUAGACGGAUCAUAAAUCCGCGGGGCCACCGCAUUUCAGAAGAUUGCUAUACGGUUACAUUGCCAAAUACCACUGCGAUUUUUAUUGCUUCUGCAGAUUCAGCGGGUCCGCUAUCACAAAAAGUUGGAGCAGAAUCAAAGCCGAUUGCGCAAUUUAGUGAUGAGGAGCUCCUUGCAAGGUUCACCCGCGGGUUUUUCGGAGGGAAUAUCUUCGCGCCCGAGAGGUUUAUUUUGGGAAUCGGUGGUGUGAAGAUGUUCCAGGCCCAAUUCGAUGGAUAUCAGCAGCGCUUCGAACAUGGGCAUAGUGUUGGCGGGAUAGACGUACUAAAACCUUCCGACAUUCCAAAAGACAAGUUGUUACCAAUCAACUCAAAGAUCUACGGAGGAUUUCUCGUUAUUGACUCCCACAUACUUCCGACUUCCUCGACACCUUCCCAAGGCUCAACCAAUGAGUUGGAGACACUUUAUUCAUAUAUCGAUAUUGGCUUUGGCCUCGGUGACUUUGGGGGCGCGCAUCGCUUCUCGAUACAUCGACAAUGCCCGCACGAGCCCCAAAAACAAGCCAACUGGUUAUCUAGUGAAAAGGAUCGGGAAGUGAUAACCUUCAGUUUGUCCCAUUUCACUUGCAACCCGAAUCGGGCAGAAGACACCCUUGCCACGGUACGGUAUUUGAAUUGGUUCCAUCAGUGGUACGCGAGGGUACUAUUCGCAGAUGCAUUGAAAGGUGUCAUGGGCUACUAUUGAGCUCCCCGGGCACCUGUGUUAGUUCAGAGUAUUGUGUACGAUAUGAUGACAACGGUUGGGAUGUACGGCGAAAGGGACUAAAAAGGGCGAAAAAAUUAAAUACUCCGUAGACUGUCUGGUCUGGGGUAGUUAUCUAUAUAAUUUACGCAGAGAUGUGGCCAAAGACCGGCACUCUCUGAUUUAUUCCAGGUCUGGCGCGAGUUGGAGUAGAAUUAAAAUGGCAAAGGAGGCUGUUUUCAUGCAUAUAUAUAUUUGGCAUUGCAACAUCAUAUCAUCGUUAUUUGAAUGAGUUGUCAACAUGACCUGGACACAGCACCUCAAUUCUAGAUCCAAUGCGACUCCUUCCAGCCAGUGCAGGAAAAGCCAAA